AUGUCUGCCGAUGGAGUACAUGGAAAUAUAGAAACAAAAAUAAGGAAAGUUAGAAAUAUUUACGAUUAUGAUGACCUAAAAAAUACAAUUAAAUCUAGCAGGCAGAAUUUAGAUAUAAUUGAUCAGAAAAAAUUCAGACAAUGGACAAGUAAAAAAAGAGCUACGAACAUUAAAUCUGACCCACUUAAAAAUUUUAAACUAGGUGAUAUAGUAAUGGCUAAAUUUAAAAGAGGUUCUGUUACAAUGUUUUAUUCAACUGACUUUGAUAAUGAAAUUCUUCAGGAACUGGAGUUUUUACAAAAAAAAUUCAUAAAAACAUCACCAGUUAUGAGCCAGACAUCAUUAUACAAAACAGAUGAAUACCUCCAACUAAAAAAAAAGAUAUAA